CGGCUACUUUACGGAGUCACGGUUGUUUGCCCUCAAUAUACAUGUACACCUCCGCGCUAUCUGUACGUACUAGGCCUAGUACUCCAGGUUCAGUUGAAUACUGCGUCCACGAUGUCGGUUCCUAGCAGAACAGAACUUGUUCAGGCGGAGCCCAAAGUGGCCCGGAAACUCUUCCGAUCUGGAGCUUACUUCAAGGAGAGUACCUCGGGAAUAUGCGAAGGUCAUGUGCAAACCAAUUUGUUGGGGCUGGACAAGACCCUGGCUGAGGACUUUGCCAAGUUCUGCUCCGCCAAUUCAGGGCCCCUCCCUCUUUUGUUCAAGUCAGAUGUGGGCCAGUUCACAGCUCCAGGGAUCACUCAAACUGAUUCUGACAUCAGGACAGACCUGCCAGCCUACAACAUAAUGAAGGGUGGAGUGGUCACAAACACAGUUGAGAAUCUCUUGGAAUUUCGUGAGGCUCUCAAGGACACUGUUUUCUUCUACAUAGGUUGCAGUUUUUCUUUUGAUUCACGUUUGCUGGCUGCAGGAGUGCCGCUCAGAAACCAAGAGCAACAAUGUGCUGUGAGUCAAUUCAAGACUAGUGUGGAGUGUCAUCCAGUAGGGCCAUUCCAAUGCCAGUUGGUCGCGUCUAUGAGACCAAUCCCACGUGUUCUGGUGGAGACAACAUUCAAAGUGACCCAGCCUUUGAAUGAUUACCAUGGUGCCCCUGUGCACAUUGGUGAUCCUGCUCUGAUUGGGAUAACUGACGUGGACAAGCCAGAAUAUUGUGGUCCUAUGAAAUUCCAUGAAGACGACGUCCCUGUCUUUUGGGCCUGCGGAACUACUGUCAUAGAAGCCAUGAAAGCUGUCAAGCCAUCCCUUGCUUUCACGCAUUAUGAGAAGGAUGGCGUGUACAUCUCGGACACACCCACCAAGAGCCAAGAUGGCCCCCUGGCCGACAUCAAAUUGGUCACCCUCUGUGAAAAGCCCUAUUGGGCCAGUGUAACAUCUGAGGCUAUCGAGGAAAAAAUCAAGCAGCUAGAAGGCUUCAUUGGCAACAGGCAACUUGAAAAUGUUGUCGUCCCUGACGAUCUCCUGAAGUCAGUCCUGGCCCUGUCACAUGCCUCAUCGGUUGCGGUGUCAACUGGCUUCCCUUGCCUUCAAAAUAAGAAGAACCCGUAUGAGGAUUAUGGGUUGCCUGGUGCCAUCGCCACAGCAAAGAUGCUACAAGCACUGGGCAAGAAGGUUGACCUGGUGGUGGAUAAGACGCUGUAUGGACCGCUGACCACCGUACUGGAAGCAUUAGUGGAACAAAAGGUUUUGGCAAAGCCUGUAUCCGUGGUUCUGUACCCACCAGAGGGGGAACAGGACAUUUUGGAGACGGCCAAGAAGUUCCUACUGGGGCCUGGCACCGCUGCUCCACGCUACGACCACCUCCUUGCUGUUGAAAGGGCAGGGAAGGCAGAGGCCACUGAUGUAGGAUGUCGUGGCAUUGGUUGGCUGUUCCUUGCAACAGCUGAUAUGCUUACAGUUCACACUUCAAGUAUUCAAGAUGGCAAUAACAAGCUUGGCAGAGAUACUGCCCAUUGCGACAUCUCGCAAGGUCCCACAACCGCAUGCUCCAAGGCCUCCGACUUCCUCAUAACUGCUGGGGUGUCCAACUGGGGUGGCUUUGCUGUGGCUGUGGGCCUGUACCUGGUCAGUACUUGCCCUAUCCAUGAGAGGUACAGGAGAAGGGCAGUUGGGUUUCCGCCCACUGACGAGGAUCGGCAACGUUUCAGAAGUGCACUCCCUGAUGUUGAUAGGGAGAGACAGUUGUUUCACACCCUGCUCAGUCACAAGUUCUUCAACAUGACUGGAAAGGACGAGCCACAUGGCGAUGGCUUGUCUUUUGAGGAUGCCUAUGCAAAGAAGAUUAAGCAACUCUUGAGCGUCAUUGAAGAGUAGAAGGCCGGAUGUUGAUGUUGAAGUGUCAACUACUACUAUCAGACUUGCAUUGGAGAGUCGUGCUGAACAAAUUCAUUCUGAAGAUUUCAGUAAAUGAAAAGUUUGACAUUUGAAAUAGGAACAACUACAUGUAUGUACAAAUGUGAAUGCUGCAGUUAUUAACCAGAUAAUGCCUGGAUUAUUUUGACACGAACGGAACGAGGGGCAGGAUUACUUUUCACGCGACCUUAAACCAGGCGGGUUG